AUGGCGGUCACCAAUCUAGAUCUCACCCGCUACACCUUCUACCUCACCAUCUUCGUCAUCUCUUGCUUCCUCUUACGUGCACUCUUCGCAAGGCUGGCCGACUCCUCCUCGUCGUCCCGUCUACCUCCGAGCCCAGCAUUAUCGCUCCCUGUCGUCGGCCACAUCUAUCUCCUGGGCUCCUCGCUGCCCAAGUCCUUCCAAACCCUAAUCCUCAAGACCCGCGACGCCGAGUUCUCUUCGCGGUUCGAGAUGGGCCCGGUCCAAUACAGCAUAUACAAGCAGACCGGGUUCAUCACCGCGCCGUACGGUCACUACUACCGCUUCAUGAAGAGGUUGUGCCUGACUCGGCUCUUCGCAGGGUCGCAGCUCGACCAGUUCAGGCGCAUCCUGAAGGAAGAGGUCGAGAGGCUUGUGAGGUCAGUGUUGGAGUGCUCCGGCGAAGGAAGAUCCUGUGACUUGAUGGGGGAGCUGACGACGCUAACCAACAACAUUGUCUUCAGGAUGAUCAUGAGUAAGAGGUACUCAAAGUUCGUGGAGGAGGCAAGAGAGCUGAGGAGGUUGGUAGUGGAGAUAAUGGAGCUCGGAGCGAAGCUUGGGGUGAGCGAAGUGUUCGGGCCUUUGAAGAGGUACGACGUGUUCGGGCAUGGGAAGAGGCUGACCGAGGCAAUGAGGAGGUACGACGGCGUGUUGGAGAAGAUCCUGAGGGAUUACGAAGAGAAUGUAGACGAGGGUGGUGAGAGUGACCUGCUGGAAAUGCUGUUGGGGAGUUGUGGAGAUGGUAAUGCAGAAGUGGAGGUGACUAGGGAUCACAUCAAGCACUUCACCUUUGAAAUGCUGACGGCAAGUAUCGACACGACGUCGGCAGCGUUGCAGUGGGCCAUGGCAAACCUCAUCAACCACCGCGCAGUCUUCAAGAAGCUGAGAGACGAGAUCGAGUCCGUAGUCGCCCCCGCCAAACUGAUCGGAGAGUCGGACGUCCCAAGCCUCCCGUACCUGCAGGCGGUAACGAAGGAAACCCUACGGCUCCACACCCCGACCCCUUUGAUCUUCAGGGAAUGCUCCCGAGACUGCAAGGUGAUGGGCUACGAUGUCAAAGCCCAGACCAGGCUGCUGAUGAACGUGUACGCCAUAAUGCGGGACCCGGACACCUGGCGUGAUCCCGACGCGUUUGUGCCGGAGAGGUUCUUGGUCAACUCCGGCGACGGUGGUGGUCAGCUCGACCAGAUUGAAUCGAGGGGUCGAGAUUUCAGCUACCUGCCGUUCGGAGGUGGAAGGAGAGGGUGCAUGGGUGCAUCGCAGGCUUCGAUGGUGAUGCAGGUCGUCGUCGGGGCUCUGGCCCAAUGCUUUGACUGGGAAGUCAACGGUGGUGGGAAUGUCGAUAUAAAUGUAGGGUCAGGAUUUUCGGGUGCCAUGGCGAGCCCUCUCGUGUGCCGUACGAUCACGCAUUUCGACCCCUUCAAGUAG